AUGUCACUCUACAUCGCAAGUUCUUCAAUUGGACACGGAGGUCGAGUUUUUCUGGGUAUGUUCCUAAGCCAAUCACCCCCUGAUUCCACUCUUCCCUCAUACAACACCGAAGAAACAGCGAUGGUCGAUCGCGAAAGGGCUUUUUCUUUGGAGCCGAUAUUAUGGGUUGCUCUUCAACAUGUACGUCCCAGUCCAGCACAUUGGGUAAUUACUUCACCUGAAUCUGGAGCCGCUCCCGAUUCGUUCAUUUCAGCUCGAAUGCCAUCGUGUUCCUACACCCAAAACCGUCAUAUUCAGUAG